AAGACAAAUCUUGAUUGAACAAUUGUGGUGAGUGUUGUUAUGCUUUUGAGGAGAUCUGACAAUGUUUUUGAGACAAGGUGGACCUCCGCUAUAAAUACACCUGUCUCACAUGUCCCUUGGUGUCCUAAAUCUUACGUCAAGGAAGAUUAAGGUAAUAGGCUUUCUUCCAUGCAGUCCAUGUCCUGCCUCCGCAGGCCUAUUUCACAUGCUCCUCCAGGAAUAUGGACACCUUUUAUGUCGCAUUACAUAUCGCUUUGCUAUAUUAUCUAAUCACCCCUGGAUCACCAACUUGUCUGACCGGUUGCUCCUGUACAGAUGACAACUUGGGAAGGUCUUUAAUAUGUAUGGAAACCUCCAUGGGCCAAAUCCCAGAGGAUAUCCCUCAUGAUUUUAUUAAAAUCCGAAUUGAAAACUGCCACCUGACCGAGUUACCUCGAGGAGCUUUCUCUCAAAUCAGUGCCUUGGAGUUUCUCUGGCUGAAUUUUAAUGAAAUCACCUUGAUGAACAUCAAAAGCUUAGAUGGGCUGACCAACCUGACUGAGCUCCGGCUGCAAGGUAACAAGCUGACUUCAGUAACAUGGACGGCGUUUCAGGACACACCGAAACUGAAGAUUUUGGAUCUAAAGCACAAUCGACUGGACAUCCUGCCCGAACACGCUUUGAGACACUUACCUGCACUGACCUACUUAGAUUUGUCCUUCAAUCAGCUUAGUGUCAUAUCAAAAGAUGUCUUCAUUAAUUGGCCUCUUUACCAAACGGCAGAGAAAGCUUGGGGGAAAGAAGGGCUGGUGUCCAAUGUAGUUCUGGCAUUGCAUGACAACCCUUGGUUGUGCGAUUGCCGCCUCAAAGGCUUUGUUGAAUUCAUCAGGGCGGUCAGCCCUCCCAUUAUUCUUAUGAACUCUUAUUUGAUGUGCUCGGGCCCGGCCUCCAAAGCUGAAAAGUUUUUCCACGAGAUCCAGUUAAAAACAUGCAUGAAUCCGGUGGCCUCUGCCCCAGAGACUAACAUCACUUUACCUCUCGGAGCAAAUGCAACACUCACAUGCUUAGUAAAGGCCAGGCCAGGUCCAACCAUUCAGUGGAUGUACAGUCUGAAGAUUAUAAGAGGAUUUGCUGCUACAGAGACUCACAUAGACGAAGAGACUGUCACCUCCCAGCUGGUGAUCCCCACUCUUCACCUGGCAGACCGAGGACUCUACACCUGCAUGGCCAAUAACUUUAUUGGCAACUCCUCUGUCAGCAUCACAGUUAACAUCAACUCCUCUGAUCCCUCUGCUCUACUCCCUCCACCUGUCCCCAUACUGUCAUCCGAUGAGAAUCCCUACAUUGAAAUCCGCAUUGCCAAGCAGACAGUUUACGGUAUCACCCUGGAGUGGUACGCUGCAACGGACAACCCAGCAGAAACCUGGUUCACUAUCCACUUUGGCAAAUACGAUUCACACAAAAAAGAGAUGAUCUACAUUGGCCCUGGCAUCAACAGCUACACUGUCAGCGACCUGCUUCCUGUGACCAAAUAUGAGGUGUGUGUGACCCUGAAGAACCAUCCACCAAGAGAAGGACAGUGCAUCGUGUUUGUGACGGGUAGUGACAUCAGUGAGCUGGAGCAAAGAGAGAGGCUCAUCCACAUUAUCGUCAUUGUUUGCGCCAUGGUGUUGGCAGUGCCGGCCGGCAUGUAUGCCUGCACCACGGAGGCCAGGUUCAGCUGCGUGGAUCACUGCGUGAAACUGUGGAAGAAGCGCAGGCUGCACGGAGAGGACCUGCAGGGGGCGGAGAGGCAGGGCACCUUCGACAGCCUGCAAGCGGCCAGCGAUGAAGGCCUGUGCAGAGACUCGGAGGAAAAGCCGAAAAAGAGGCGGAAGUCUGAGGACAAGAUCAAAGCAGGAAGUGCCGCUCAUCUGUACUAGCAUCAAAGUAGAUACAUGUACAAAUAUGUGUAUUUAUAAAUAAUGUCAGUUUUGAGCGUAGCACCACUUUAUGCUACUUAUAUUAUUGUAUUAUUAUCAUUACAUUUGAGUCUGAGGAUUUUCCCGAAAAUACCUUUGAUCUAAGAAAAGUAAGGAAUGGUAAGGUAAUAUUAACGUAUUUUCAGAAUUUCAGAAAGAAAAAGCGGCGACCCAGAUCUUCUAAUUGCCGAUGAUACGAUGAGCUGUGACAGAGGUUUGUAGCCGUGUCACAAAGCUCCGUAGAGGCAACUGCCGCUCUGUAGCAUGGAGCUCUGAAGUUGAUGUCACGUGACCAGCCGUUGCUCUCCAAGUUUUCGUAUUACAUCAUACGUUUUAGUGUGUGUAACUCUUUGUCGAUAUCAUACUAACCCGUUCAUGAAUGCGUUAGGAAAUUACACAUCUCCUUUCUUUUUAAUGUACAACAUUGGGAAUACAUAUGUUAACCCAUUAUUUUGUUAUAAUACAUAAUAAUGGUAAGAAAAAUUAAUGCAGAUGAAAAACUUUCAAAAUUGGAUUUACUCUUCAAAUUGAGCAACUACAUACGUCUGUUUUAUCCAGAUGACCUGAAUAGUCUUUGAGGAUUCUGGAAUGCAGAACAAUGUUUAUUUUUUUUUUUUUAAAUGAUCUACAUUUAAAAGAUUGCUGGGUAUUUUUUUUUUUUUACGGAAAGCUCCGGGACGCAAAUGUAGCAUUAGAUUAUUAGCACAUUGGUGACACAAAUUGUUGCUAUAAGUAGCAGUCAUCCUGUGAAUAUAAUUCUCAAGCGGAGAUGCCUUUCUUUCUUAACAUGAGAAGAGUUUUAUCAUGUGUGUUAAUAUACAUGUACAGAAAACGUUUGUGAGGAAAUGCAUUUGAUAUUUUUUUGGUUAUAGUUUUUGAGUUUUAAGUUUUGAUACUGCAUGCAAAAAAAUCCAAAAUUUUAUAAAUUGUGAAUAAUUAAUAUUUUGUAUAUUUCUUAAUUGUCAACUUCACCAAACUAAAUUGUAAUUGUGUGUUGGUUCAUGGUUCAGGAGAUUUUAAUCCAUUUAAUGUUGAAAAAAACAAAUAUUUUUUUAUUGUUUUCGUUUCACAGAGCGCAGAUUUGCUGUCUGUAAUGAAAUGAUGUUUGAUGUGGAUUAAAGAAAAGUCAGAGACAAAUGCUGAGACAUGCUCAGAUUUUUCAGCACAAUCAGAGGAUUUUGUUACAUAAGCAGUGUUUUCCCGUGCAUUUAUACAUACACUCGUAAGCAGAUUAAAGGGAUUUUCUUUCUGAAUCCUAGUCAGCAGGAAAAUGAUAUUUCCAUUUAAUGACAGUUUUGAGCUUGCUGUGUAUCUCUAUGUACACUAUAGGGAAAUAGAGGGCAUUUUUAGAUUUUCAAUUCGCUUUUUUCAGUCUAAU